AUGGUCGAUUCGAUUUCCAGCCGGAUCGUUGGUGGAGCAGAGACGCAACCAAACGAAUUCCCGUGGCAGGCCUUCCUCCAGGUGGAAAUGCAAAGUGGCAACGCUUACGCCUACGGGGGGACUUUGAUCGCCGAUCGUUGGAUCCUUACAGCCGCUCGCUGUCUUGCCUACAUCGACGUCUAUCUGGGGGUUCACGAUCACACGGCAGAGUCGGAAGGCAACCGGAAAUUGUAUUCCAAUAGCGAAACCUUCAUCCAUCGUGCCUGGAAUCCUGCCACCGAUGCAGGAGACAUUGCUCUCAUCAAACUCAAAAGCGCCGUCAAAUAUUCACAGUACAUCCGCCCAGUGUGUCUGUCAAUUUCCGGUAUCGACGAACCUGAUUACGUCAACGAAAUGGUUACCGUCACGAGAUGGGGUACAACUUACGACGGUAGUCCACGUAUAAGCCCAGUGUUACAUAAGAUGACGGUCCGGCUCAUCUCCAAUAACGACUGCAGGACAACUUAUGGCGACAACAUCCAAGGAGGACAUUAUGUGCACCAGUGA